AUGGCAGGGUGGGUGCGGUGGAGGAGGGCCAUGGGCGAGGCGGCUAUGGUGGGGAGGCGGGGGGCGGCCAACCCGUGGAGGACGGGCGAGGCGGCCAUGGUGGAGAGGCGGGGGGCGGCCAACCUGCGGAGGACGAGCAAGGCGGCCAUGGUGGGGAGGCGGAGGGCGGCCAUGGUGGGGAGGCGGGUCGUGCAGCGGUCUCAGCCUUGCGCGGUCAAGGGGCAGCACCGGAGCGAGGCCAAGAUGGAUAGAAAUUCAACUUAUGUGCUGAAAAUUAAUUUGCUUGGCAGCCCAAAAAAGGCUAGAAAGGAUAUCAAAUGCUUCUGUUUUGAUAAGGUUAUUGAUUCCGACUUAACAAAUUAUAAGGACUUGGUUGAAUCAAUCGUAGAGCAGUACUCGCCUUGUUAUUUGGAAGUUGCACAUGUUCAGUACUAUGAUGAUUUUCUUAAAAUCUACCCUGAAGUAACAUCUGACCAAGAAUUAGUGUUGAUGUUUGAGAAACACUCUAAGACAAAGGUUGUGCACAUGUUUGUUGCAUAUUGUGAUCCAUCGGAACCAUAUGAGCCUAUCACAGAGUGGCAUAGUGAUGCGCAUAGCCAACCUAACAACAUAGAACAAGAUGAUGAUGAUGAUGAUGAUUAUCUUCGCAACCCAGUACUUGAGAAUGAGCAUGUUGGUGUUGAUGAGGAAAAUAUUUAUUUAGAGGAUGAACCUAUACCUCUUAUCAUGGUUCCUUGUUCCAAUAAAGAAAAAGACAAAGACUAUGUUCCUGAUCAUGAGAGCGAGGAUGGGAGCGAGGAUGAGAGCAUGUCAGAGGUUGAAGUAGAGGAAGAUGAGGAAUAUCACGAGGCAGAUCAUGCACCACACUUUGAAUAUAAUAAAUUAGAUCCUCCAAUGAACGAAGGAAGAAAAUAUCCCAAUAUGGCAGAGUUUAAAUUGGCGCUUUCUCAGCAUGCAAUCAAACAUGAAUUUGAGUUUGACACCGAAAAGAGUGCACCACAUAGGUUCAGAGCUUAUUGUUCAAGAAGGGAUGAAGAUAAGUGUCCAUGGAGGAUAUAUGCUUCUACAAUGGAAGAUGAGUGCACAGUAAUGGUGAGAAAGAACCCUUCUGGUCAUGAUUGCUCUAGUAAAAAAAGAAAAAAGAAGUUGAAGAAUGCAAACAAGCGGUGGAUAUGUGAGCACGUGAAGGACUGACUAAUUGAGGAUGCAACUCUAGGACCAAAGGCAUUGCGAAAGAAGCUUAAAGAGCAUCAUGGAAUCGACAUCAACUCUAAGAGAGUCUAUAUGGGUAAGCUGCUAGCCUUGA